AGUGUGUGGGUGUGACUGCGUGCGUGCGUGCUUCGGUCCGUCCGCGCGCAAAAUGUUCUUCACACUUUGUUGCUGCUGGUGGACAUCUAGUCAACGGUCGUCUCACAAAUCGAGGGGUUUAAGAUAUAAUUCAAGAUUGUUUUGCAAACGCGCGGAGACGUUUUGAGGGUCUGGAGAGUUUGCCCUGCCAGCCGUCACUCUCUUUCUCUCUCUGGAGCCUGGGAACAGAGUUAGGGCCCACAUCCAGACCACGGUUUGGCCCACAUCCAGACCACGGUCUGGCCCACAUCCAGACCACGGUCUGGCCCACAUCCAGACCACGGUCUGGCCUACAUCCAGACCACGGUCUGGCCCACAACCGGACCACGGUCUGGCCCACAUCCAGACCACGGUCUGGCCCACAACCGGACCACGGUCUGGCCCACAACCGGACCACGGUCUGGCCCACAUCCGGACCACGGUCUGGCCCACAUCCGGACCACGGUCUGGCCCACAUCCGGACCACGGUCUGGCCCACAUCCGGACCACGGUCUGGCCCACAUCCGGACCACGGUCUUUCUCACAUCUGGAACAUGGUCUGGCCUACGUCUGGAACAGAGUUUGGCCCACAUCCUAACCAUGAUCAGACCCAGAAGAUGUCAGGGUUUUAAGAAAACUCAAACCAAGCAUGGUGUUUGCCACGUCAGGGUUGCGUGUUCAAUUCCCAUGGAAGGCCAAUAUUAAAAUGCAUGUAUGUAGUCACCACUGCAAGUUGGUCUGGACGAGGACUGAAAUGUACAGAUGGACUGAUGAGGAUAUUGACCGGGAGGAUGAAUGAAGAGAGUCUAUGAUUGGUCUUCUCUGACAAUUCUGACAUCAUGUGAAGAGAUCUGGACUGAAUGAAACAGAAGAGGGGUGAUUUGCACAUCCACAGAAAUAUAAUGAAUAGAUAAUUUAGAGAUUCCAAGCCUGUUCUAUACAUUGUAGUUCUAUGUGCACAUCCCACAGACAACCGGUGCUUGGCCAACAUAAUACUUGGAGAACCAUGAUGGAUUCUGUUCAGCCUGACAUCUUCACUGACAGGUACUUCAACAGUACUUGGAGAAGCCCAUCCAACCAGACCCAUCCCUCACUGUCCACCUCCGCCAAUCCUCACAAGAGCUUCCACAACGCUCUGCUAGGUGUCGUCUUGGGCUUCCUGUCAUUGCUUACGGUUUUCAUGAACAUCCUGGUACUCUACGCCGUGAAGAAGGAGCGUACACUUCACACGGUGGGGAACCUCUACAUCGUCAGUCUGUCCGUGGCAGACCUCAUUGUAGGGGCCACUGUAAUGCCUCUCAACCUGGUCUAUCUGCUGGAGGAUGAGUGGAAGCUGGGGAGGGUCACCUGUCAGUUCUGGUUGAUCAUGGACUACGUAGCCAGCACAGCCUCCAUAUUUAGUCUGUUCAUCCUCUGUUUGGACCGGUAUCGGUCUGUUCACGAGCCGCUGAGGUACCUGAAGUACCGGACCCGAGGGAGAGCGAGUGCUAUGAUCUCAGGGGCCUGGCUUUUGUCUAUGAUGUGGAUUAUUCCUAUUCUGGGGUGGCGGUCCUUCACUCAGGUUGAUCGUAAACCAGAGAUGGACAAUAAGUGUGACACUGAUUUCCGGUUUGUCACAUGGUUCAAGGUUCUGGCAUCAGUGUUUAACUUCUACAUUCCCUCCAUGUUAAUGCUUUGGUUCUACUCACGCAUCUACAUGGCUGUCAGACAGCACUUCAGAGAGAGGGAAAAGAUUAUCAAUCCCACCGAUUCCGGGGUGGAAAACCGGACCGGACUACAAAUCCAAACUGGAAAUACACCCUGCAGGUCUUCUAAAAAGGAAAAGAAAGAAAGAAAGUCUGACUUUGAUCAGUACACUUUAGACCAGCCAUACAGUUCCACAGAUACAGCUGAAACCAAUGCACCAAGAGAACCCAAGUCUGAAAAAUACUCUCAAUUAAGUCGUUCCUUUGUCAAAGUAUCAAAACAUUCUAAAAAAACUCUAAAAAACAAAAGGAAGGCAAGCUCUUUGUCUCUUCAAGAAAAGGGCUCGGACUCUGAGGUCCCCUUGAAACUGCCUUCGUUAGCGCUUGGCUUCACCCAUUCAGACGCCAACAAUGUGCAUAAAUUUUACAUAUCUGUCAGUGACUGCAACUUAGCAGUGUCACCGAACUCGAUAGCUGGCCUGUGCGAGAUAACCCAGAUAGCAGAAGGGGAGAAAUACACCACCACAUUGUGUAACAAUGAUUUCACACAGUCUCUCAAAUCGGCGUCGUCACAGUGGCUCCAGGAAGAUGCGGAGCAUGUGGACGAUGGCGACCCGGAUGUGGAGGCCAACGCUGUGACUUUGAAACAGACCUGGCAGAGGUUUUGUGCCCAGUCCUGCGAGCGCAUCCAGGGCCUUCAGGUCCAUAAGGAACACAAAGCGGCCAAGCAACUGGGGUGUAUUAUAGCUGGUUUCAUGAUGUGCUGGAUCCCAUACUUCAUAGCUUUCAUGGUCAUGGCUUUCUGCCAGACGUGUGUCCAUCAUGACCUUCACAUGUUCACGAUAUGGCUCGGGUACAUUAACUCCACAUUGAACCCGUUCAUAUACCCACUCUGCAAUGAGAAUUUCAAAAAGGUGUUUAAAAAGAUACUGCACAUUCACUUGUGAGGUACGGUUCUUUGAACGGUGCCUUAAGUGGCUGUUAGACAUUUCAAUGUACUUUUUGCUGUGCUAAAGAUGCAUUCUGGGUGUUUUGUCGUGCCAAAACAGGUCCCCGAAAUUGGUGUACUUUGUCAUGUAUGUUUGUGCUAAUGUGUAGCCCCGGGUCAUAAGAACUAUUUACUUUCAAACUUGGAAUUUCAUAGCUACAGUUGUGGAAUAAGUUUGCUUACCCUGGCAGAAAUUGUGAAAUUCUGGCAUUGAUUUUGAAAAUAUGACUGAUCAUGCAAAAAAAACUGUCUUU